AUGACCUGGCUCGCCAAGAACACUACCACUCCUUUGCCAGAGGUUAUCGCAUAUCAUGACUCCGCCGAUAACCCGGUCGGCCACGAGUAUAUAUUGCUGUCAUGUAUCCAGGGCGUCACACUCAGCGAUGUUUACGACAGGUUAAGCGAUGAGCAAGUGAGCCAAACCCUCGACCAGCUGAUCGACUUCCUCGCCCAACUCCAGGCGUCCCAGACAUUAGAGCGCUAUGGCCUGAAGGAGACAGUGGCGACCUUGAACAUCGGAAGACCAUACAAGACGUACGUCGACUACAUAACAGCACAGUACAUACGACUCAUCCAAACUCAUGAAAAGUUGACUUUCAUGCGAGAUAUAGUCCCCCGCCUCGAGGCAUUCGUAGCCUCCCUCCCAAAACUCGCCAGCGAGCUCAAUAAGGUCAAGUUACGCAUCGCCCACAGAGAUUUACACUUCGCCAACGUGAUGUUCGACUUGUUGCCUGGCAAAAUCACUGGCAUUCUCGACUGGGAAUUCGCUGGCGUUGUGCCAUACCCUCAGUGA